AUGUCGACCUCCUUCCUCCCCUUUCUUUACCCGGCACGGCUGGUCCAGAGACCACUACGAGCGCCCGUAGUACGCCAAUUCCUCCGCAGCCUGCACGCCACUGCGCCGGCGCACUCUCGUCGACAGCCACCCUCCUCGUCGUCUUCUUCGUCGCCGGCGCCCCGAGCAGCCCGCCGGCGCGACCCUAUCCCUUUCGAACUCCCCCCCGACAUUGAACGCGACCUUUUGCCCGACUCGGAGCGUUUGGAGCAGAAUGGCGACGAGGAGGACUACGUCGACGACUCGGGCCACAUCAACCUUGGCGGCGUUGGUGGCGCUGACGGCACCAUUACACCCCUCGAGCGGCAGGCGUUCCGGCGCAUUUUUCGAGAAAUCGCACACCGCCAGCAGCAGGAGGAGCUCGACCUGGAAAUGUACGGCUACGAGGGCAUGGGCGACGAUGUCGAGGCGGGCGUCGACGGCGACUACGUCGGCGAAGAUGUCGGUGGCGAUGACGAUAUUGGCAUUGACGCCGGCGACGCCAGCUCGCCGGAAGCCCUGCGCCGGCAGGACGAUGAGCAGCGGUCGCGCAUAAACUCGAUUCUGGGCGAAGCGAGCGACGACCAGGUCCUGGCGCGGGAGAAUCAGCGCAACCUUCGCCGACAAGGCGAGGAGGCGGCCAUGUAUGCCUUGGAAGGUGCAGACGCAAGUGUGGCUACCGACACGAGUGUGCUCCGUUCGCUCGGUUCUCUCGGUGGCGCCUCGGCUGCAACACCACAAGUACCGCCACCACCACCGGCUGACACCAAGCUCAAUCUGCAGCGCAACCGCGUGCUGUCGCAGUUUCCGCCGAGUCUGCGGUCGGCUGCUGGCAAGGCCUUUGGCAUCAAGGACGAAGUGCGGGCCAGACAAGUGCCCGGUCACGUCCAGGAGGAGACUGUCACGGAGCCGGUAACGGAGACAAAGAGAGUGACACCGGCAGAGACUCCCGAGGAGACGGCCCUGCCACCCCCUUCACCGGCCGUGCUCGCCCGCCGCAAACGCCAACAAAAGAUGGAGCUUGCCAUGCUCUCCAAAAAGACCGACUUUGCCCUCUGGCAGUACAUGGAGGAGCACGUCUUUUCGCUCGUCGACGAGCUGGGCAUUGGCAAGGACAAGGCCAAGGCGUCGGCAUCGGCACCCGCCACCGAAAAGAAAAGCCGCAGAAUCUCGUCGAAACUGGCGGCCAACGGGCCCCUGUAUCCUGCCCUCCUGCUUCACGGCCAGCGCCUGCUGGACAGCCACUUUCGCGGCGGCACGACGUCGCCGCUCGCGCUCGCCGUGCUGCCGCGCGUCAAGGCGCUCGGCCUCGCGUCGUACGUGCUGGGCGCCAGCACGCCCCUCUACAACCACCUGCUCGGCAUCCGCUGGCUGCGCCAGGGCGACGCCACGGCCGUCUUUGCCCUGCUGUCGGAGAUGCAGCGCGCCGGCCUCCCCUUUGACCAAGGCACGCUGAACCUGGUCAAGAGCAUCGAGUGGCAUGUCGUGCCCCUUGCUGGCGGGCGCGCGGGCACGGGCACGGGCCUGGCGGCGCCGUCGGCGGCAGCACAGCGCGAGAGCGCGUUCUUGGUGGCGGCGCUGCAGCACCUGCCAGACCUGGCGGCGGUGGCACGGACGGCGGCGUACUGGCGGCAAGUGGUGGAGAGAAGUGUCAACUGGGGCCGCAGGGCAUGA